AUGCCGAGCAGGCCCGAAGUUGACGUGCCCUCGUUGGAUGAGAUUUUGACUCGGCUGGACAAGGAGUCUCAGACGUUGGCUCCCGAGGAGAGAGAAUGUACAAGCGCAGGGUCACGCCGCAGCGAGGCCUUUGAAAGCAUACCAAACAAGGCUUUGCGAGAGGACGCGCGACUCAUCUCCAGGCAGAAACCCAGGCGAGACGUCCAAAAGCCCACCCACUGGAACUUCAGCUUCAACGUGAACCGCGAGGUGGUGGGAGCUGAGUUGCUGGAGAUCGGAGAGGAUGGACAGCCACAAGCUCCAGCGCAGGAUGCCAAAACGUUGCCACGCACAGGCCGGGGCCGGGCCGAACCGCUGCCCGGGCUGCCGAGCCUCACGGCCGACGAGCUGCCGGCAUUGGCAAAGGCAGCUGAAGAAGCAUCGUUUGCCAAAGGGAGCGUCAUCAUCAAGCAAAAAGAUGAGGGCCACGAUUUUUUUGUCAUCAAGCGGGGGACGGCAGGUGUGGACAUCAACGACCAGAGAGUUGCCACGCUGAAGGCGGGUGACUACUUUGGUGAGAAUGCACUCCUACGAGAUGAACCACGAACUGCCACAAUCACAGCAACCACAGAUGUCAAGGCUUUGAGAAUCACCAGGGAUGCUUUCGUGAAACUGAACCUCCACACCAAGCUGGAAUUUGGUAAGCGAGGCGCUGUUGGUGGUGGUGCUGCUGCGACUGCAGAGAUCAAAGCUCCCAGCCCAAAGACACCGGCCGAGAAGCAACUGAUCGCGACAGCUUUGAAAAACAAUGCCAAUUUGAACACAAUUGCUACCUUGGAUGAUGACAAGGUGAACGCCAUUGUUGACGUCAUGUGGAAAGAGGAGGUCCCGAACGGGAAAGCGGUGAUCCAGCAAGGUGACUUGCAGGCGGACUACUUCUAUGUUGUGCAGUCUGGCAGCUUCAAAGUCUCCAAGGACUCGAGCGCCUCCAGUGCUGAAAAGGCAGCUGCGGCCCUGGGAGUCAUUGAGGCCGGUGGAAGCUUCGGGGAGUUGGCGCUGCUGUACUUUGCCCCUCGAGCUGCCACGAUCACGGCUACUGCUGACGCCGUUGUGUGGGUCACAGCCCGGCAGCAGUUUAAGGACCUCCUGAUGAAGGCAAACGAGCGGGAAAUGCAGGAAAACCUCAAGCAUGUGAGCAAAUGUGACUGCUUUGCGGCAUUGAAGGAGAAUGAGAAAAAAGAGCUGGCAUCUGCGAUGUAUGAGAUGACCUUCAGCAAGGACGAGACAGUGUUUGAGCAAGGCGAGAGGGGGACGCAGUUCUACCUCCUCAUCGAAGGAGAGGUGAGUGUCAUCCAAGAUGGCAAGGAGAUCACCAAAAUUAAGGCCACAGCUGACAAAGCUCAUUACUUUGGCGAGAAGGCUCUCCUGGAAGAUGAGCCGCGAGCUGCUACCAUCAAGACCAUCUCCUCGACGGCAAAGACUCUUUGCGUGGACAAGGAGUCCUUUGAGAUCCUGCUUGGGUCCCUGAAGGAGCUCAUGGCUCGUGGAAAGGAUGGCACAAAAUCUGUGAAGAAGACAUCGGUGGCGCCAACUGCCGCGGACACGCAGCGCUUCGGAAUCAUCAAGUUCAAGGAUCUGAAGAAGCUGGGGCUUCUGGGCUGCGGCGGCUUCGGAGCUGUGGAGAUGGUGGAAGACCUGAACACUUCGGAGACCUAUGCCUUGAAGGCCUUGAGCAAAGGAUACGUGGUGAAGAGCGGCAUGCAAACCAGCGUAAUCAGCGAGAAGAAUGUGCAGCUGAUGUGCGACUCACCCUUCAUCGUCAAGCUGUUUGAAACCUUCAAUUCUGAGCAAAGUCUGUACUUUCUGCUGGAGCUCGCACUGGGCGGCGAGCUCUACGCCACAUACAACAAGAAGAAUCUUUGGGGCAACGAGAAAUGCGCCAAGUUCUACGUUGCCGGCACCGUUCUUGCCUUUGAGCACUUGCAUGGCAAGAAAGUGAUCUUCCGGGAUCUGAAGCCCGAGAAUCUUCUUUUGAACGACAAGGGCCACGUAAAGCUGACUGACAUGGGCCUAGCCAAGGUGUGCGUGGGAAAGACCUACACCACCUGCGGCACACCAGACUACUUCGCCCCUGAGCUCAUCGCCUCGAAAGGCCACAACCUGGCGGUGGAUUGGUGGACCUUGGGGAUUUUGACAUUUGAGCUGUGCUCUGGUCACCCUCCCUUCGAGUCACCCACGCCCAUGCAAAUCUAUUCCAAGGUGCAAAAGGGCAUCAACAAGGUCACCUUCCCAAAGAAGCUCAAGGGCAACAUAGAGACCUUGGUGAAAGGCCUUUGCCAUGCCGUUCCAAGUGAGCGACUGCCGAUGAAGAAAGGAGGCACCCAAACCAUCAAGUCACAGGCGUGGUUCAGCGACUUCAGCUGGGACGAGAUGGCCAACUUCAUGAUGACGCCUCCUUACAGGCCCACGGUGAAAGGCAAGAAGGACAUUGCAAACUUCUCUGCCAACCGCGACGACAUGCCUCCACAGCUUCCGUACAAGGAUCCCAAAACUGGUUGGGACAAGGACUGGCUGUGGAGCUUGGCACAGCUCACCGUGGGAGAUGGUGGGAUUUGCGGAGAGCGGACAACCGAGCAGCAAAAAGACCAGGAGGAGUUCCUGGAGCGGGGCUCUCCAUUGGAGCGGAGGCGAACUCGGAGGCCGGCGACGGGGGAGCAACAGCCACGCUAUGACACGCCACUCCAUUCCGCACGGGGCGCGCACGGCGAGGUCCGGGCCGAAGCCAAAGAGGCCUUGGCCAGGCUGGUGCUGGCCAAGAGCCAGGAGUUGCAGAACAUCCGCUUGCAAGCCAAGGCACAGCAGCUGGCACAGCUGCGACGGCGCCUGCAGGAGCAGCUUGAGAAAACCCGGAAGGAGAAGGACGAGGCCAAGGAGGCUCAGCAAGAGGAGUCGUGCCGACGCUUGCGGCAGACGCUGCUGCAGUCGCUGAAGUCUAAGGAUGUCUCCGACUUGCCGGAGACGCUGGUGGUUGUGUCUGACACGGAAGCGCAGGCCUUCGAGGGCCUGCAGUGCCUCGACGUCGCGCGGGACGGGUCGCUGCGCGAGCUGCGCGAGCACUGGAUGCUGGAGCUGCACUCCUGGUCCUCCCACCGCCUGGUUACAGCAAUUGCAGCUCUCCUACUGCGCGAAUAUCUUGGGUACAAAGUGAGCUUCAACUUGGUGUCAGCGAACCGACUUCGGCCUGCCAUGUUCGACGUCGACCUUGGAGGAGCUUCUGGCUACGCCAAUCUGGAAGUCUGGCCUUCGCGGAUGGCGGAGUUCCAGAGUAGUUUCACGGAUGCUGGUCCUGUUGGCUAUGAAGGCGAUACAGGAUGGUGGAUCUCGCGUUCCUUUGGCCAAGCUGAGUACGCGCUGCCGCCUGAGUUCUACCGCGCUUAUGAUGCGCGCCCUUCCAAUCAGCCCCUGCUGCAGGCGUUGAGGCGUGUCUCCAACGUGAGCUGCGAAAGCGCCUGCUGCCCUUGCGACAGCUGUGAACGGUGCACUGCAGCUACUGCUUGCAACAUGGACUCGGAGGUGUCUUGGUGUCCAGGCAAGACCAAGGAAGUGUUGCCUGCCAUUAUUGCGCCAGAUCCCUCCGCGCAUCCUGGUCUUGCGGAGGAGCUGGCGCAGAGCAACGGCUUCCAUUUUGGCCUUCGUUUCAUGAGGCAGGACAUCUACAUGGAGCAGGCGCAGCAGGCGCUCUCCUCUGGCGUGCCGUCCAUUGUGCACAUCUUGCGGCCCUCGCUGCUGUUCAGCCGCCUUCAGCAGUUGAAGGUCCCCAUCUUGCGGCUGAUGCUGCCCAGGGACCAGUGCGGCUCGCACUUCGCCAACGGCACGGGGAACUGGUCCUGCGACCUGCCCGCACAGCCCCUGCGGAAGCUCGUUUCCACGGUGGAUGAGAUGGGCCUGGCCUUCUUCUCGCGCUUCUUCAUUGAAGGCCAAUCCAUGGAACGGCUCAUGGCAAGCUUACCCAGCACGGCAGAUGAGGAUGUCAUGCGAGUGGCGUGCGACUGGGUCCGCGCCAAUCAGGACUCAUGGUCUCACUGGGCGAAGCCGCGGGACGUGCCCUUCUUUGCGGACACGCUGCACUCCACAUACCCCUUUCCCAUUUUGGCAUUUCUGCUGCUCAUAGCAGCCAUAGGCAUGGCCUUCUUGGAGAACACCUGGCUUUGGACAACGCUGAGUGUGAGGGAGUGGCGGCGGAUUCUUCGGAAGAACAACAAAGUCUGGCGAAGCGACGUGGAGCUCAAGCUGCGAAAGAUUGAGGACAGCCCAAAGAGCUCAUCUAGUCCCAGGCGCAAUUGUUCGAGCUGCUGCCUCCAAAAUGCUUACUGGGAAGGCCUGGCCGAGAAAUCCAGGCGCGCCAACGAUUUCUGGCACGCUGCAAAGCUUUGGGUCUGCCAAGUCCAGAAGUGGCCACGGCCUCCCGAGGAGCCGGAGCAGAGCUGUGUGAGCUUCGCACACCACACCUUCCCCUGCUUUCAGCGCUCUGAGAAGGCCGUUCUCUUUCUACGGCGGAACAGGACGGACGAAGAGCUGCAGGUUGAGGUUGCUGUGGAGGAGAGCCAAGGCGGCGCCCGCAACGGCACCGACUUUGGGGCCACGAACUGCCAGGUGACUUUCGCCAAAGGCGAGCAUGAGGCAGUGCUGUACAUCCCGAUUGUGCACCACAAGGAUUGUUGGCAGAACUCCUAUUGGUUCCAAGCUCGUAUCUUGAGUCUUCGAGGGCAAGGCUGUGCGGCAGCUCCAGCGCAAGCCAUGAUCCUAGUCUUGGACGAGGACACAUGGCCCGCCAACAUUCCAUCUUACUUGAGAACAGGCAAAGGGAUCAGCCUGAUGCGAUACUUCAUCCAUGCAGAUCGCCAACGACGCGGGGAGAAGUGGACCAAGACCAUGAUCGCCAUGGUCUUUCUGCCUGUGCAUUCUGUGCUAGUAUCUACCCUGGUGCAGAAAAUCCUGGUGGAUCAUGUGAUUGGUCGCGUGAUUGGAACAGAUCCCACCUGGGGCUAUGCAGAAUGCCUAAUUCUGGUUUUGGUCCAGCUCUUGUCUCUCGGUCUAAACAGAUGGGCAGAUGUGGUGCAAACUAGAAAUCGGGGCCGAACCGGAGGCAUUCGCCAGGCGCACAGAUCUGAUAUGAUCCGCAAAUUCAUGCACUUGGAGCGCUCAGAGUACUGGGAAGCAUCGGAUGCAGACUGGCUCUACACCGCCAUUUAUGAUGUCGACGUGAUCACCAUGAAAGCGUACUUCGGAGUCUUCGUGCUGGCCCAGAGCUGCUUCGCCUUGGUGUUGUCCAUCCUGCUGGUGAGCGGAUUGGGCCUGUGGAGCUAUGUGCAAGCCGGUGCCUCAGAGGGAGUUCAGACGGCCUGGGUGGGCUACAUUUUGGGUGUCUUUCUCAUGAUUUCCCUGGGUUUUAUCGGUGUCUUCGUGCGGAUGAAGAUCAUUUGGGUGGCCGUGCUGGCCCGCAAAAAGCACGAGUGCGCCUGGUUCAAGUCCUGCACGUGGGUUUUCACCAGCUGGCGGCAGUUCACGGGACUACUGGGGCCCGAGAAGGCCAAGUUGGAAGCGCGGAUGCUGGCGCAAAACGCAACGUUUGUCCCCUCGCACUGGGAUGCACGUGAUACGAUGAAUGACACUGCUUGGAUCACACAUUGGAUUCAGGGUGUUGCUUACUGCCUGAUGCUGACCGUUGGUUCCUUCGCGUUGGCCGAGAACAAGGCCUUCGGCGUUGGUGCCAUGGAGGUUGGUACUUUCUAUGCACUGUGCAAGAUCUACCUCAGUGUCGGGAAGUAUAUUGGGCGUUUGAGCAACGUCUUUGUUGACAUGCAGAAGGCGGUGGUGUCGCUUCGGGACGUGGCCGCACUGCUGAACCAAACCUGCCAGAAGUCCCAGCGCCAGGAGGCCCGACGGCAAGGACGCCAGGCCCAGGGGGCUCCGCGAUUUCGCCUGGCCCCGGGCACCGUGCCCGGAGCCAUCCGGGUCCAGGACAACCUUUGCUUCGUUCGACCAGAGCACAACAAGGUUGGCUCCACGUUCUCAGAGCUCCGCUUGCAAAAGGGCUGCCUCAUGCCUCUAGGGUUUGAGAAAUGACAGAGAAAGAGGAACAUUAAAAGAGACGAAGGUCAAUGUGGAGACAGAGUGACUUGGAGAGGAGACUGAUGGGCAUCAUCAUGGGCGGGUUUGAUCCGCACUGUGCGGUUUGCUUGCCACGCUUCUUUCUGCGAGGCACAGUUUACCAUGCACUUUGUCAGGACCCAAUGGAGAAGAACCAUCCUCCAAGACACCAGAUGUCCUGGUUCCGCCGGGAGUGACGGUGAAAAUGCUGCCCACAGUGCCUGUGGCCUUUGGUGCGACAGGACCUUCCACUGCUGAGCAGCUGAGCUUCACAGGCGCGCCCAUGGAGCUCUGUCAAGCCCUGGUGGCCGCAGUCGGCUUGGACGCAGAUCGGGAUCCUUUCAGCCUCGGGCCUGGCUCGUCGCAGG